AUGAGCGCACGCUUGUUGGUGGUGCUUGUGGCUGUGGCUGGUGUUGUGGGCUCAGUGAGCGCCGCCACCCCUUUCAUCGGCCACCGAGGCUCCGUCACGCUCGACGCCCAGGGCAAGGCCAAGUACCAUGAUGACGUGCUGGACUUGAACGCGGCCGCCUUUGGUAGCUUUGAUGCCGCCAAGAACCACAAGAGCGGGUUUGGCGUGCUGCAGAUUGAGAGCAACAGCGAGGAAACCGGUGACCGCCAGUACUACGCCGCAGGCUUCCUGGAGGGCUACCUCACGCACAGCGAGAUCUACAACCACCACAUCAACGUGCUUGCCGUCUUCUCCGACCUGGCCAACGGCCCCAGCCCAGAGCUCAAGUCGUACAUCAACAACCAGACGCAGUGGAUCAAGAAGCAGCUGGCCAACAACCCCAGCGACCGCUACUGGCGCCAGGUUGGCAUGAUCCUGCAGCAGUACGACGGCCUCAUGGACGGCUACAAUGCCGCGGCCCCCGCAGACAAGCAGCUGGAGAGCUUUGCCUUCUUCAUCCUCAACGGCUGCGGCGACCUGUUUGACCUCCUGCCCAAGUACCAGACGAAGCAGUUCCCCAACUUUGACAACAUGACAAAGCCCGAGUUUGACCUGUACCGUAGCCAGACUGGCCACUGCUCCGCCCUCGUCAAGCUCACCGGCGACUUUUCCCAGCUCUUCAUGGCCCACAGCAGCUGGUUCCGGUACCAGGUGACCAACCGCAUCUACAAGCACUACAACCUCAAGGCGGACGUGUCUGCUGCGCAGAAGAUCAGCUUCUCGUCCUACCCGGGCUUCCUCGAGAGCCUCGACGACUUUUAUCUCAUGGACAGCGGCCUCGUCAUGCUGCAGACCACCAACAACGUCUUCAACAAGGACCUGCAGAAGUACAUCCACCCGGAGACCCUGCUGGCCUGGGUGCGUGUCCGCGCCGCCACCGCGCUCGCCCGCGACGGCGAGGAGUGGUUUGACGUCGUCAAGCGCUACAACUCCGGCAGCUACAACAACCAGUACAUGGUGGUGGACCUGAACAAGUUCACACCCGGCCAGCCGCUGCCGGAUGGCACGCUGUGGGUUGGCGAGCAGAUCCCUGGCCUUGUGGAGUACGCGGACAUGACUGGCCAGCUCGCUAAGGGCUACUGGCCGUCCUACAACGUCCCUUACUUUGAGAAG